AAAUAUUCUUGAGCAAGUCGGUAGCAAAAUUACAUCCACGCGACAUUAAAUCGGGAUUAAUAAAAUAAUUUCUUUAAAUAAAAUGGCCGUUCCCAAAUGGCUAAAUCGUGAUUUUUUUGAGACAGCCCUUCGGCAGUAUGAAAAGGAUGAAAAUCUUAAAGUUACUGAUGUGGAAGUGAAGAGAAUCCUUGAUACCAGUGAACCAACAACUAGUGCAAUCUUCUCAGCUUCAGUGUCCUACAGUCUCUUUAAUAGCACAAAUGAGAAUAGCACCAAAUUGAUUGUAAAAACUCCAGCAUCCAUUCUUGAGGACAACAGUGAUGCUGUACCUGCUGAACCCUCAAUUGAUCCUCUUUUUGAGACUGAAAUUGAAAUGUACACGAAAACUCUGCCAGCCAUUGGAAAAUACCUGCUGUGUUCGCUAGAUGAGAGGGUCUUCUUUCCUAAUCUAAUUUAUCAUUCUAAGAGCCCCCAUUAUGUGUUGGUGUUCGAUGACAUCACCGAUAAGGGUUUCGCCAAAGUCACCAACCAGUUGAAUUUUGAGAAUUCCAAACUAAUUUUCUCCAAAUUGGCAAAAUUACACGCAUGUUCGAUGUUCUUGGAGCAGAAAACAAACGAGGUGUCCGAUUACAAGCAAGGUCUCUUUCGUGUUCGUCCUGAUGGUGUUGAACACAUGCUAAAUUCAAUCAGCAAGCUUAUCGAUGAAAUUGCAACAUGGCCCAAUCAUGAGAACUAUGUGGAAAAGUUCAAGAACAUUCAUGAAAAUUUUCACAGGAAAAUUCGACGAUUGUACAGCGUUAACACCCCCACUGAUGGCUACAAUGUUCUCAAUCAUGGGGAUUUUCACUUCAGGAAUAUGAUGUUUAAAACGGACAAACAAGGAACUGCUUAUGAUUUUAUGCUAGUAGACUACCAAGUUUGCAUUUGGGGCUCCCCUGCCCUGGAUGUUAUUUAUGCCCUCUACAUGGUAGCAUCAAAGGACACGCUGGAGAAGCACCGUGAAGAUCUCCUUACGCACUAUUACGAUGAAUUUGUGGCUGCCCAUCGAACAUUAGGAGUCAAAGAGAAACCUCCCUCGAGGCUUGAUUUCAAUACUGAACUUAUUCGACAUGGAAUUUUGGAAAUGAUCAUUGCUGUCUGUUUUAUGCCAUACGUCCAUGUGGACUUUUCCAAGGUUAGCAUAGAUGACCUAAUGGCAAAUGGAGAAGCAUCAAAGGACGUUCGUAGGGAGAUAUAUGGGCAUCCUGAUUAUAAGAAAGCCAUCCAGGAGCUUUUACCAAAGUAUCUAGAAAAAGGAUUCCUUGAUUAACAUUUUUUCUUUAAGUAUUUCGAAUAGUAGAACAUUUUGUAGUUUUUUUUAUUAAUCGUUUUGUUAUUAAAAAAAUAUUUUUAUGCUUAUAAAAAAAAUGCCGGGGUUGUGCAAAAUUUAGAAGAAAUCAACAUUUUUGCCUAAUAAUUAUUGUAUUUAAUUAAUCAAAAAUGUAUAUCUUACUGUUAAUUAUAAUGAAUUUUAUAAGAAGUAUGUAUUCUUGGUA